AGAAAGAAAGAAAGAAAGAAAGAAAGAAACCCCUGUGCCGAAAAGCAGCAAGAUCCGGGCAGCCGCUCCUAGUUUGGAUCCUCGGGAAUAAAUCCGGGGGUGGAGGCGGGAAUUGGACACCUUCCUUGCCAAGAGGGGCGCGCCUUCGCGUCACGGCUUCUUCUUUUCCGGGGUUCCUCCGAGGUAGCCGCCCGCCGCAAUCGGCGCUUGGAGAAGAGCCGCCCCGCGGAUCGCAGGCCCUCGCCGGCGGCGGCGGAGGAAGGCGGGCGGCCGAGCGAGCCGGGUGAGCGCGCGUGCCCUCGCGCGCCCUCGCGCCUGGGAAGGCCGGUUCCCCCUCCCUUCCUGCCCCAGAGCCUGUCCUUAGGGAGGGGUGGGGGCGCUCGGUAGCCGUCGAUGACCGCAGGGCUGCUGCUGCGCGCUCCUGCCUCUCGCCCGCCGCCGCCGCCGUUGCCGUUGCCCGAGGCCGGGGCGCUUGCUAUGUCCGCCGCCUCCGACAAGCCUCAGCCGCCGCUCGGACCAGCCGCCGCCAUGGAGGCCGCCUCGUCUACCAGUUCCUCGACGCCCAGCAGCAGCGGCGGCGGCGGCGGCGGCGGCCCCAAGACCAAGAAGAGCAACGCGGGCAUCCGCCGCCCGGAGAAGCCGCCUUACUCUUACAUCGCGCUGAUCGUCAUGGCCAUCCAGAGCUCGCCGUCCAAGCGGCUGACCCUGAGCGAGAUCUACCAGUUCCUGCAGGCGCGUUUCCCCUUCUUCCGCGGCUCCUACCAGGGCUGGAAGAACUCGGUGCGCCACAACCUCUCGCUCAACGAGUGCUUCAUCAAGCUGCCCAAAGGGCUGGGCCGGCCGGGCAAGGGCCACUACUGGACCAUCGACCCGGCCAGCGAGUUCAUGUUUGAGGAGGGCUCCUUCCGACGGCGACCCCGCGGCUUCAGGAGGAAGUGCCAGGCCUUGAAGCCCAUGUACAGUAUGAUGAACUUGAAUUUCAACCACCUCCCCGACAGCUACGGCUUCCAGGGACCCUCCUGCCCGCCCAGCAGCCUGCCCUUGGACGGCGGCGCCCUGGGCAUGGUCAACGUGGACGGCAUGGGGCUGGCCCACUCUGUGCCCCACUUGCCUUCCAACGGCGGCCACCACGCCUACAUGAGCAGCUGCGGCGGCGGGGGAGCCGGGGCCACCUCGGCCGGAGGGGACUACGGCCACCACGACGGCUCGGUGCCGGCUUCCCCGCUGCUUCCCGGCGGAGGGGUGAUGGAGCCCCACUCGGUUUACUCCGGCACGGGCCCCUCGGCUUGGGCGCCCUCGCCCGCUCCUGGCUUGAACGGCGGCGCCUCCUACAUCAAACAGCAGCCCCUCUCGCCUUGCAACCCGGCGGGCAACCCGCUCUCGUCUGGCCUCUCUUCGCACUCGUUGGAACAGCCCUACCUGCAUCAGAAUAGCCACAACGCUGCCGAACUUCAAGGAAUCCGGUACCAUUCCCAGUCUCCGAGCAUGUGCGAUCGGAAAGAAUUCGUCUUCUCCAUCAACGCCAUGGCGUCCUCUUCCAUGCAUUCAGGAGGCAGCGGCUCCUACUACCACCAGCAAGUCACAUAUCAAGACAUCAAACCUUGCGUGAUGUGACAAUGAUGCUGGGGAGUCCCAGCUUCUUCGGGGGCGAGGAGAGCGAAUCCCGAGGGAUCCACGUGAAAACUAUGUAGGACUUCCUGCUGCAACUCUUCGUUGGGAGCCACAAGGCCUCCUCAGAAGUUCGUCUGUUUGUUGUUCAUGAGGUAUAUAAAUAUUCAAGACGCCAAUGGAAGGAACACUUUUGUCUUUCGGGCAAAGGGGGUGCAUUUUGUGCAUCUUUGGGGGGGCCAGACACCCCCCCAAAUGCCCAGCGUCGCUUCUUUCAUCCUGGGAGGAAUCCUUGCCCCCCAAAUCCCCCCAGCCCUGAGACCUGCUACACUCCUUUCCACUUUUGGAUUCCUUCUUCCAGGGUCUAAACUCAGUCCCUUUCCAAAGAUCUACCCUGCCCACUGCCCCACUCCAGCAUGUAAUGUUCCAUUGUAAUGAGCCUGGAUGAAAAUGGAUUUUAGAAAUGGAGGGACAGACCUUACAAGAAAGGAACAGCUGAAGGACAAUCCCUGUGACAGCAACUGGCAAGACUUUUUUUGGGGGGGUAGUUCUUCAUUUGGCAAAAGUUGGCCUGUCAUUUCGGCUUUUCGGGCUUGGCGCUAUGGAGAAAAUAUAUUCCGCUCACUAUAUCUUUGACCCCCUCCUUCAGAGCAAUGGAGAAACGAAUCCCCACAUAAUUCCUUUAAAGGCUUUCUUCCAAAACCAUUUUCCAAAGUUUUCUCCAUCGGAAAGGUUUUUGAAAGACCUCGCCUCGGGGGACACACAAGCCCGCAGACAGACCACAACCAAACAAAACAGGAUUGGGACCACCUUGUACAACGGGGCCUGAUGUUCUAAAACUCACUUUCCUUCCGGCUAUACAAAAAGCCUAUUUUAAAUAUUAAGUACAAAAUUACAAAAGCACUUUGAGAAAUAAAGG